CGGCGAAGGGGUGGGGGCGCCCCGGCUGCAGCGGGCGCGGUGCCGCCGGAACCCUGGCGCGGCCUCCCCUAGCGCAGCAUCUGAGCGCCGGGAGAGGAGCGAGGGGAACGCGGCUCCCGCUGAGCCAGUGGUGACAAAAAAAACCGACUUGCGGGAAGAAGUUUCAACAACAAGGUGUGUUACAGCACCAUGGCUAAUGCAAAGACAGAAGAUGAAAUAACUCUCUUUGAAAGAGAUAUGAAAGAGUUUUGGAUCGAGUUUAAAAGCGUUUAUGGCACUGAACAGAUCAAUCAGACUUUAACGCUGAGAGAUUCAUGCAAGGGGUCUAUAGACGUGCUUUCAGCGAAAUGGUCCAAGAAGCUGAAAGAAGGAGACUUGAUGAUUGACAAAAUUCAGGAGUAUAACAAUGAGAUUCUCCAGCAGAGCAAAUGUAUAUCAGAAAAGGAAGAGCAGUUGGCAGAAAUUAAGCUAAAUCAAGAAGAAGAGCAACAGAAGAACUUGACUGACAGCAUCCAAGAGUUAAAAGAAGAGUUGGUGAAGCAAAUGGAAAUAACGUCUUCUAAAGACAAAGCUGUCAAGGAGAAAAUGGAACGACUGUGCAAGUCUAAAGUGUUGUUUGAGGAGUGUCUUGGGUUGGAGAUACGCAGAAUUCACAAUGAACAAUUACAGUUUAUAUUCAGACACAUUGACCACAAAGAUCCUGACAAGCCAUACAUGUUUACCCUUUCCAUAAAUGAACAAGGAGAUUAUGAAGUGACUUCCUGUACUCCUGCUCUGGACUGUAUAGCAGAGUUCCAGCUCAAAGUGAGAGAAACUAACAAUUUUCCUGCAUUUGUUGCCAACAUCAGAAAAGCUUUCACUGCUUUAUCGUAUAAACAGUCUGCAUAAAACUAGCUCAGACCUCUCUUUCUAGCUGUAGAGCACUCUUGUUUCCUUUCUGUAUUGUGAAACUCUGUGUAUUUAUCCCUGUCUUACUCUGUUUUCUAAAUAAAGAAAAAUAAUGAAAACAG